AUGCCCAAAGGAAGUCUGACGGACAGAGUUUGGGUCAACAGCUUAGCUUGUAGAAACCCUGGGCUCGCCGAGGAGGCAAUCAACAAGAUCAGGGCAAUUGUGCCAGGCUCAGACCUUCGGUUUUUGAAAUUGGACAUCACCUCACUCAACUCUGCUCAUUCGGCAGCUCAAGAGUUCAUCAAGUCAGAAGAGAGGCUCGAUAUCCUGGUCAACAACGCUGCAAUAGCUUUUAAACCAUAUGAAUUGAGCGAAGAUGGCAUUGAGCUCCAGCUUUGCAAUGCUAUCGGUCACUUUGCAUUCACAAUACCAUUGCUCGACUUGCUUAAAAAGACGUCGAAAGAUCCCGAGUCGCACGUGCGAAUUGUCAAUGUUUCCAGUAUAGGUAUGGUUUAA